AUGGCUAUUGAGAAAUGCGGUCAUCCAGAUGUAGAUGGGGUAGUUUUACGUGAACUCGAGAAACCAUUGGAUUAUGAAGUUGAAACGGCUGAGGAAUUUCAAAGGAAAAUGGCUCAUGUUAGACAUCUAAUGGCCGAACUUCUUCUAAGAACAAUCCUCAAUGAAUGGGCUGCACAACAGGAGAUGGCAGAGCAAGAAAAAGAGGUUGUGGCGAGGAUACGUGACGCUUCUAACGCUCGAAAAAUGCUCCGUGAUGUGCUUAUCGAGAGUAAGAAGAAAGCCGAGGAUGCGAUGCUCGAUAGAAAGAACCGCUAUGAGAGUCAUCGCUUCUCCGGUGUUUCGACAGUUUCCGAAGUCAGUGAGAAGCAGUCGAUAGGAAACGAGCCAAAGGAAUCAGAAAAUCAGAAACGAACUAAGGCAGAUUUUACGAAUGAAGAACGUGUUCUGCCAUUCAAUAUUAUGACAACGAUACAGAAGGCACUUCAUGAUUCUCUUGGCUUGGAUGUAGAAUUCGAUUAG